CACAGCUUGUUGUUUAUUUUGCUAUCAACGAACGCAAACAACAAUCGCUUCCUAAUCUAUCGUCAGGACAGGUGUUAAUUCGCGAAAUAUGAAACUAUUUGGGAAAUCUGCGGACACCGACAAAAGAUCACGUCACAGUGGCAGGUAUAAAUACGAUGAGACAGGCGACAGACAUCACUCUUCCAAGCUUCACUACCCUGAACGCAGUUGCAGUCGCUGCAGUAUCGGCAUCAUGAAGGUGUUGGCGGUAUUCGUGACUCUGCUGUCGGUGGCUCUGGCCGGCCGGGUCUACACCAGCGGUUGCGGGACCCCGCAGUGCGGCGGCGGAGGGGCCGCCAUUCCCGUCACUGGCGGCUGCAGCGGCCUCAGCUGCGGCGGCAGCAGCAGCAGCGAGGAGUCCAGCUUCCACUCCAGCAGCAGCCGCCAGACCUCCGGCGGGUGCGGCGGCGCCGGCUGUGACGAUACUCAACACACUGUGGUUGUCUCCGUGACCCCGGGCUGCAGCGGCCACGGCUGUGGCGAGACGGUCACAAAGACCACCAAGACGACCCACUCGGUCACCACCAAAGAGCACUCGCACAGCGUCACCAAGGGAUCAUCGGGUCGAGCUCACAACACGGAAAGCUCGGACGAGCACCAGUCGGCCAACUCUGGCCAGCAGGUGUUCAGGGAGUCGGGCGGCCACGUGGUGACCGUGCCCAGCCACAGCACCACCUCCUCAGGAGGAUCGCACAGCUCCAAGUCCUCCGAGUCGUCCUCCAGCUCGUUCGAGAGCAGCCGCUCCAGCCAGAGCGGCGGCAGCUCGUCGCACUUCUCGUCCGGCAGCGGCCAGGUGGUGACGCCCGUGGUGACGGUCACCAAGACGUGCUCCACCUGCGGCGCCUCGCACGGAGCCCAGUCCUCCAGCUCGUCGUUCGAGAGCAGCGAGAGCUCUCACAGCGGCUCCAGCCACGGCUCCGGCUCGUCGUCUGAGAGCGGCUCUGAUGGAGGCUCUGGGAGCAGCUCCACUCAUCAUUACGGAGACGAUGACUCGGGCCGCGAUGACUACGGCAAAUAAGCUGCAUUGGGUGUAUGGCAAUAGCCGAUGAUGAGGUGUGUGGUCAAUGAAAUGAUGAUGAUCAAUACACCAAUAAGCAACG